AUGAAGUCUGGCCCAGAGUUUCAGUUGGAGAAUUUGAUAAUGAGUAAGAGUACGGGUGUCAAAUAUUUCAAUGCUCUUGAGCAGUUUGUAGAUCAGGAUGUCCAAACACCACAAAGAUGUAACAAAUCAAUAUGUGAUAAAGUAAAAACACACAUACGACAGGCUCUGGAUGUUGGUAGCUAUCAACGCUUGACUCUAUUGCUGGACGUCAUAUCAUAUUUUGCAAGGUUUGAGAACUAUGAUGACGGACUACCAGUAUUGUUAGAUGCAGAUAUUGACAGAUUAUUAGUUAAAAUAUUCCAAGAAGCCAACAGUAAACUCAUCCAAACUGAUGACAAUGAAACAAUACUGGAACCAAUAAGACUUAUGCAGAAGUUAUUUGAUACCAUCAAUGAUAUUUCUGAUAAUAGUAUGAAAGGGAAAGCUAUCAUGGUAUCUACAUUUUCAGAAUUAUUAUUAGAACUUGCUGUCAAUACAAAUAAAUGUUUUCACAUCAGAAUGGAGGCUUUCAAAAUAUUGAAUCCUCUGUUUGAAGGCAUUGGUAAUGAAGCCAGAACUAUUCUGAGGGAAAAAUCGGACGUGAAGAACCUCAUACAAAGAUUAGGUCGACUGAUUUAUACAGCUGGUGACUUUGACAUGCAGAUUGCAAUUAUUGAGGCGUUAUCACGUAUGACUUUAAAAUCAGAUAGAUCUCAACUCUCUAAAGAAUGGUUUAUACGGCCUUCGCAUAUUGCUGACUUUAACUCUAUAAGAGAUCAACAGUUUGAAACUGAUUGUCGCCAUUUUUUAAACAGACUAAACUCUUCAAUGGGUGAUAAACAAAGAGUGUUCUCACUUCCUUGCUUAUCAGCUUCACUUGGUGAUGUUCAGAUGCAAAAACCUAUUGAUGAAAACCUUCAUGAAUUUUGGACAGAUUUUAAUUCUCCUGGUGAUUUGUGGGAAACCAUUGCAGUUGGAGAAAGUGACUUUGAAGAAUACAGUGUUGGAGAUAGCGUUGAUUGCAGCGAAUUGAUGAUAACUCUAAAGAAGGAUGCCAAUGAACUAUUCACAUUUCUACCUAAUACACAUAGCAGAGUACUGAGAUUGGCUUUUCCAAAACAAUAUCCAUUGAUUAAAAUAGCCACCAUCUGUUUUGGACUACAAAAACUACAUACAACUUCCAAGAGACAUAAAGUGUCAGUAGCAUCAAAUAAUUUAGCUGUACACAAAGCAGAUUCCAGUGGUGAUGUCUCAGACCCCACAUAUCCACAGUCACCAAAAAGACAAUCAUUGCCAGUAAAUAGCCUUUCUGAUUCAGAACAACAUUCUUCUGCUCAGUUGAGUGGUUCUAGAAAACCAAAAGUAUCCAUUGGGAGAGAAAUUAUGAUUACACCUAGUAGUAACUCUGCUGCCAAGUUAAAAAUGUCCAAAACUGAUCAGUCUGGUAACGCUGGCCACACAAAAUCCUAUAGGGUAUCUGUACCGGACUCUGAACUAUCAGUUGCUAAGACACCUGAUGCAGCAAAACCCAGACCAAGUGGUAGAGUCAAAACACCAUUGCAGUUAGUUGCAACAGAUACAAGUGAUGCAACUAGUGAUAUCAGCUCUGUUGUAUCUAAACAACGUGAACAACAAAUACCAGUGACUGUGAGUACACGUAAUGGAAGUCCCAGUGAGCUGUCUGUUACAAGCACUACUGAUUCAUUCAGACAACCAACGUCUUUACCAACACAAGCUGUGUUGCAGAAUCCAAACGAUACUGAGAAUAUUGAAGUAGUUCCAGACUCCCAGCCAGUAUUAGAAACUCAACCCACUAACUCCCAAGAGAGAAAUCAAAGAAGGUUUAGUCUGCGAGUGACACUGGAUAAACUUGAUUGCACCAAUAAUCAAUAUUUGCUGCCUAAAAGGGUUGACAAAGGAGAAACUCCCACUGUGAAAUCUUCUCUGAGGAACAAGACUGUAUGCCACAGUCCAUCACUAAGUACUGUUACUGAGGAAGGUACCUUAACCUCCAGUGCUCCUAUGUCACCUGCUGCAGAGCCCAUGCAAACUAUAGAAGAGGAAUUGGAUGCCAAUGAUAAUCAAAUGGAUUCUCAGGAAGACAGUUUAUUUACCCAGAAUAGUUACGAAAAAGAAGAUAAAUUAAAGAAUACUACUGAAAAAAGAGCCACAGAUGGAAAACCAACUUCUUCUAAGCAUCUCCUUAGAGGUAAAAAAGAACCUCUUAAUAAACAAUCUGCACUGGGAAAGAAGAACAUGACAUUGAAAAUGAAACCUCAGAGCAAUAGCACACCCAAACCUGAUAUAGAUUUAUCAAUGUAUAAUUUUGAAGAUUAUCAGCCAUCCAAGAAUAAAAGUUCUCCUUAUGACUUUGAUAGUGAAGAUGAGUUCAAGGAAGAAACUAAACCUACUUUGAGAGGAGCAAAGAGUAAACAAAAACAAGUUCAACAAAGAAAGAAUAGAAAACAGAAGAUGGAUGAAUCGGCUUCUCAAAACUUUGUACCAAAAAGGUCUACCAGACUAUCUAGCAGCCAGGAAAGUAAUCCCGAUAGUGAUAUUGGAAGAAGCAUUAUUAAGAAAGGUCAGAAAACCAAGGAAACUGCUGGAGUGAAUGAAAAAAAUCAAAAAAUGAAGGCAUCAUUCAAGGGAAAGCAGAGUACAAGUCAGUCACCUCAGUUCUCUGCAUUUGACUUCCACGAUGAUGAAGCUGCCACAUUAUCACAAGAUAGUAAUACUGGGCUAGAGAAAGAGAAAAUUAAUAAGUCUAUGUCAGCAUCCUUGAGAAAUAAAUCAUCCACUAAAAGACAACAAGAAACGGAAGAAUCAGAAAACGAAGACGAGAAUUCUAGGAAAAAAAAAGUAUUGAAAAAAAAGCAAGAGAAAGAGGAUGAGGACUCAGAUGUGGAAGAAAAAACAAGUAGAAAAGUUGCAGGAAGAAAUAAAGCAAUGAAAGGCAGAAGACCAACUAGAGGUACUAGAGGUAAAGAAAACCAAGAUUCCAGCCAAGAAGAGGUUUCAGACAUCCAAGAUGUCCUACCCACCAGAGGUAAGACAGCGAGGAAAAAACCUCUCACCAAAAAAGCACCCAAAGCAGCCCAGAGACGGAAGAAAACCACUGAUUUUUCCAGUCAGGAUGAACAUUCAGAUAUUGAAAUAGCCAGAGAAGUUCCUUCAAAAAUGCCAACCAGUAUUUUGAAAAAAGGUUUCAAUGAGUCCACUGACUUGGAUGUAUCUGAUGAUUUUUAUGGUACAUCUUCAAAGAAACUGCCGAUGCGACAAACAAGAAAACAUAAAGCUAUAAACUACAAAGAACAAGAUGAAAGUUUUGAUGAAACCGACAGAAUAGUUACUAUUAACAGUAGUAAGAAAGAUGGAGGCAAAAAGAUGAAAGGGAAGAGAACCUUGUACACCGAAAGGGAACUUGAAUUUGAUGACACUCGAAGUGAAAGCGCAAUCAGUGAAUUAAGUUGGUUAGCUUCAAAUAAAAAGCCUAAACAUGAAGUGCAUCAUACUUAUGCCAAGACAAAUCAGAAAUCUAGAAACUACAGUUUUGAUUGGAAUUUACCAAAGUUACAAAAUUCUGCUGAUCCCGACCAGAAGGAGGAAGAAGAAGAAGAGGAAGAAGAGUGGAAUUUCUUGAAGUAUCCUAGUACUUCGAAAAAGAAUAAAAGAAAGUCACGCAUAUCCAGUAAAGAUGUAGAAGAAGAGGAAGGACCAUCUUACUUCAACAUUGAUAAUAUUUGUGAAAAUACCAGUGAGCUGAAUUCAAAGAAGUCUGUCACUCCAGGCAGUGGUACUAGUGCAAGAUCUAAGAAAUCAACUCAAAAGCAUCUAUCGGUAAGUACUUCAAAAAUGAAUAACAAAAGAUCGCGCAUGUCAAGUUCUGAAGAUGUAGAGGAAAAUGAGAGACCAUCUUACUUCAACAUUGAUAAUAUUUGUGAAAAUACCAGUGAGCUGAAUUCAACGAAGUCUGUCACUCCAGGCAGUGGUACUAGUGCAAGAUCUAAAAAAGCAACUCAAAAGCAUCUAAGUACUUCAAAAAAGAACAACAAAAAGUCACCCAUAUCAAGUUCUGAAGAUGUAGAGGAAAAUGAGAGACCAUCUUACUUUAACAUUGAUAAUAUAUGUGAAAAUACCAGUGAGCUGAAUUCAAAGAAGUCUGUCACUCCAGGCAGUGGUACUAGUGCAAGAUCUAAGAAAUCAACUCAAAAGUGUCCAACUACUUCUCGAAGAGGAAAAAAUAAAUCUAAUUUGUCAAGUACUGACGAAGCUGAAGAUGAAAAAGCACCAUUUUUUUUCAGUAUAGAUAAUAUUUGUGAUGAUACAAGUGAACUACCGGUAGAAUCUAAGAAAUCUUUUAGUACGUCUAAAUCUAAGAAGACGGUUGAAAAGAAAUAUCAAAAAUCAACAUCACUGGAUACACCAGUUCUAGGUGUAAACAGAAGCAUGGAGAAAACACCAAGACUUAAAAGUCGUAAAUAUAGUCCACUUGAUGUACAUGUCAUGGUUACACCAAUAACACCAAAGGGCAGUGAACAUCAGCAGAGUAUGGACUUGGAUGAGAAUGAGGAAGACAAUGAUCUGGAGCAGAUUUCACUGACAACACUGGGUGAUGAUUUGAAUCAAAUAAAUGAUAUUGAUUUGAGUCGCAACAACGAUGAUGAUGCUGAUGUUAUCUCAUCUGUUGAAUCUGUCACACCAACUACUAUGAGUUACAAAACUCCAUUACCAAGAAACAUAAUCAAGAGCCACCGAAAAGAUAGUGCAACUAUACAAACUGAAGAGUAUCCCAAGUCAGGUCCUAGUUUUAGACCAGGCAGUACAGCCAUCAAAGAGUUAAAACGUAAAUACGCUAAUUUACUGAAUAAAGAAGUAGAAGAUGUUGAUGAGGAAGAUGAAGAUGACAUGUCGGAGGAUGAUGGCAAUGAGGAACUGCAACAGAAUGUACAUAUAAGACCAAGAAAAUUAUUCCGAUUAAACUCGCUCACACCAGCUCAUACAAUUAGAGAAGAGAGUGUUGAAACUGGUAGUUCUGAUAUUUCUGAUACCGGUGUAUCUAGUAUUGAACUUGGUGUCUGUAAUAUGCUAAAAGACUUUGGAUCUGAGUUGCAAGGUGUAAUGCAGAAAAAAACAAGCCACAUUGAACAGAUAGUGAAUAAGACAUUGAGUGCAACAAAGAGACAGAUGUCUGGCUUAUGUACAGGACUUAAUGAAUCAAGACAACAGUUAUUCCAUGAAUUCAGUGAUGUUAUACUGAAUGAAAUGGUUGAACUGGAAGGAUUGGUAGAUACCCUCAAUGAAACUGAUGAACAGUUUCUGGAAUUAUUCAAGAAACAACAUGAGAAGUUACAAUCUCACAGAAGAUCUGUUGAAGUGAGAUUGAAUAGAACUGAGAAUAUCUAUGGACAAUUCCGAGUUGCACUUACAAAAUUAGAAGAGAUGCAGAAGAAGAAUUUAAUUAAGAUGAAAACAUCAUUAAAAGCGGAAAUAGCACAAUUACAGAAAAAGGUUCUCAAAGAUAUGCAAGAAAAGGAAGUUAUGAACAUGAAGCGUGCUCUCAAGCUACUUUCCUAUAAGACCAAUAUUUGUGGUUUGAAAGAUACUCUAUGUAUAAUGUUGUUUUUAUUAAUAUUUAUUGCCUUUAUUACUUAG